AGCCCUGUUUGAUUACGACCGGACCCGGGACAGUUGUUUGCCCAGCCAGGGACUCAGCUUCUCCUACGGGGACAUCCUGCACGUCAUCAAUGCCUCUGACGAUGAGUGGUGGCAAGCCAGGCUUGUCACACCCCACGGCGAGAGCGAGCAGAUCGGAGUCAUCCCCAGCAAGAAAAGGGUGGAAAAGAAGGAGAGAGCGCGGUUGAAAACAGUGAAGUUCCACGCCAGGACUGGCAUGAUUGAGUCCAACAGGUCGAUCAAAACGAAACGUAAAAAGAGUUUCCGCCUCUCUCGAAAGUUUCCAUUUUACAAGAGCAAAGAGAACCUGGCCCAGGAGAGCAGCGGACAGGAACAGGGGCUGAAAGCUGCUGCCAGCGCUUACAUGCCUCUCCCUGGCUCUCUUGCAGAAGGCCAAGAGGACACCAUCCUGUCGUACGAGCCAGUGACGCGGCAAGAAAUUCACUACGCGAGGCCGGUGAUCAUCCUGGGGCCCACAAAGGACCGAAUUAACGACGACCUCAUCUCCGAAUUCCCCCACAAGUUUGGUUCCUGCGUGCCACACACCACCAGGCCUCGGCGCGAGAACGAGGUGGACGGACAAGACUAUCAUUUUGUCAUAUCCCGCGAACAGAUGGAGAAAGACAUCCAGGACAACAAGUUCAUAGAGGCUGGGCAGUUCAAUGACAAUCUCUAUGGGACCAGCAUUCAGUCAGUGCGGGCAGUGGCGGAGAGGGGGAAACACUGCAUCCUGGAUGUCUCUGGCAAUGCUAUCAAGAGGUUGCAACAAGCACAACUUUAUCCCAUUGCCAUUUUCAUCAAACCAAAAUCCAUUGAAGCUCUCAUGGAGAUGAACCGGAGACAGACGUAUGAACAGGCCAACAAGGUCUUUGACAAAGCCAUGAAACUCGAGCAAGAGUUUGGAGAGUAUUUUACAGCCAUCGUACAAGGAGACUCUCUUGAAGAGAUUUACAGCAAAAUCAAACAGAUCAUUGAGGACCAGUCCGGGCACUACAUCUGGGUCCCAUCCCCAGAGAAACUCUGAAGAUGUACCCCACCUGCUUCCCAGUGAGCAGAAGAUCUCUGAAGUCCCACCCCACCCAAGCCCUCUGCCCCAAGGGAGGGGGAUAUGAAAACUAUACCUGCCCCCUUUUUUAGAUCGUCGCAAAAUUGAGUUUUCUAGUCCUGUUUCUUUUGUUGGGAUGAACUCAUCUCAUUCAUCACGUGACUGUUCCCACCGUUCCUGCAUGGACCUUCCCACUGCUCCAUUAGAGACAGAUGAGAACCCAUUCAAGGUCGUUUUUUAUUAUUAUUAUUAUUAAUUAA